AUGUCGAAGGAUACAAUUAUGUCUAUGAAUGGUCUGGCAGUUAAAAUUGAACCACCAGAAUAUUCACCAGAAGACAUUAAACUCGAAAUAGAGGAUGAUUUUGAUGAUCCUAGCGUUAUCGUUAAAUCUGAAUCGUGUUCUGAAGAUGGUGAUACGUGUUUAGAAAGAUUUAUGAAUUCAGAGGUGACAAUUGAAGAAGAAGUCAAACAGGAGUUAGUUGAGACAACAACUUAUGAAUGUGACGUUUGCAAUAGAUCAUUUGCAGAAUCUGAUCAUUUAAAAGAGCAUAUGGCCGAUCAUAUUGCUAAUAAUAGCAAAGACUGUCAUUUCAAAUGCGAAAUCUGUUACAAGACUUUUGAUCGAUUAAAUAACCUGAAAAAACACAUACUCAUACACAGUGAUGAGCGCCCCCACAAAUGCAGUACGUGCAAUAAGACAUUCACACAAUUAUGUAUUCUGAAAAAUCACAUGCUUAUUCACAGUGGUGAGCGACCCCAUCGAUGCAGUAUAUGCAAUAAGACUUUUAUAUAUGUAGGUAAUCUGAAAAGUCACAUGCUUAUUCACAGUGAUGAGCGACCCCUCCAUCAUCGAUGCAAUAUAUGCAAAAAGACAUUCAUGCACACAGGUAAUCUGAAAAGACACAUGCUCAUUCAUAAUGGAGUACGCCCCCAUGCAUGCAAUAUAUGCAAAAAAACAUUCACGCAAUCAACCAAUCUGAAGAGUCACAUGCUGGUACACAGUGGAGCUCGUCCCCAUGAAUGCAACAUAUGCAAUAAGACAUUCACAAAUUUAAGUAAUCUGAGAAGUCACAAGCUGAUACACAGUGGAGUACGUCCCCAUGAAUGCAAUAUAUGCAAAAAGACAUUUAUGCGAACAGGUGAUCUGAAAAAACACAUGCUCUUUCAUUAUGGAGUACGCGCCCAUGCAUGCAAUAUAUGCAAAAAAACAUUUACACAAUCAAGUGGUCUGAAUAGUCACAUGCUGAGACACAGUGAAGCACGUCCCCAUGAAUGCAACAUAUGCAACAAGACAUUCACAAACUCAAAUGAUCUGCAACGUCACAUGCUGAUACACAGUGGAGUACGCCCACAUGAAUGUAAUGUAUGCAAAAAGUCAUUCAUGAGAACAGGUGAUCUGAAAAAACACAUGCUCAUUCAUAAUGGAGUACGCCCCCAUGCAUGUAAUAUAUGCAAAAAGACAUUCACGCAAUCAAGCACUCUGAAGACUCACAUGCUGUUACACAGUGGAGCACGUACCCAUGAAUGCAAUAUAUGCAAAAAGACAUUCAUGAGAACAGAUAGUCUGAAAAGACACAUGCUGAUACAAUGCGGAGUACGCCCGCAUGAAUGCAAUAAGACUUCUGAAAAUGCACAUGCUGAUUCAUAA